UCGACGUCGCUACGUUUUGACUUCAAAUACCACUUGUUUCAUGAUAAGUUUUAUUAUUUAAAAACACUGGUGCUCAUUUAAAAUCAAUGCUAAAAUAAAAUAGUGGGAAAAAAAUAACAAAUUAACAACAACAAAAACUGUUACGCAAAAUGAACGUUUUUGUUCUGCUUGUAACCAUUGUCAUAACGGAAGUAUUAGGUCAUGGCCGACUUUUGGAACCACCGCAGCGGUCAAGCAUAUGGAGAAAUUUCCCGGAUUUGGUUCAAUCCAAUGUUUUAGUCAGAAAUACGAACGAUAUGGCGCUCAAUUGUGGGGGUUUAUCGACACAGACAGCGAACGGUGGGAAAUGUGGGAUGUGUGGUGACCCGUACAAGAAGGACGCAAACGAUGGCGUCGACCAACCGAAUCAAAGUGUCGCCCCGAAUCGGGGCAAAUACGUCACGGGCGUUAUCGGCGCCACGUACACGGCUGGGAGUAUUAUAGACGUCACCGUCGAACUCACAGCUUAUCAUAAAGGAUACUUCCGCUUCAAGUUAUGUCGUUUACCCGGGAGCAGUACAGACGAGGAAGUAACGGAGGAGUGCUUUGACCAGUAUCCCCUAGAGACGGGCAAACCAGGGUGGGGCAUAGACGAGUAUCUACAUAAGUAUCGGGUUGAUCUUCCGGAAACGAACCAGGGAGCAGGGUUCUAUCACCUGAAGGUCGCCUUACCAAAGGAGGUCACUUGUGAGUUCUGCGUUCUUCAAUGGAUCUGGAAGGGUGGAAAUAACUGGGGCUGUGAUGGUGAUGGUGAAUGUGGACUCGGUUUUGGCCCACAAGAGAAUUUCUGGAACUGUGCUGAUAUUAGCAUUAUCGAGGGAGAGUCAAAGCCUGCUGCGAUUACACCUUCCACCGCAGUCCCACCACCGACCACCGCAGCCCCUGCUCCCACCAACGCAUUCCCUUCAUCGACCACCGCAGCCCCUCCGCCGAUCAACGCAGCCCCAGUGGACACCACGUAUUGUCGGGCUAUUGGCAGUUUUGCAGGCUUUGAUAAAAUGGAUAACUACUGUCGCACGGUAUGCUCGGAUCCCGAAUCUUGCGAUUCUGACAUGUGUGAUUGCAGAGCGCCAACACCAUUCUGCUUGCCUGUUAGUGAUGGAUUUCCCGUCUUGCUCUGCGAACAACUUUGUUUAGCAGAAAUGGACCUUUGUAACAACGUAUACUGUGAUUGCAAAUCAAUAAUCAAAACUCCUCCAACCACAACCACAACCACAACAACAACGACAACAACAACGCCAGCUUCAAAUGUCGAUGGUGGCUGUACGUGCAAGGGCGUUGCACCGUGGAAUAGUCUUAGCAUGGACACAUGGUGUUGCAACAACUGUAACCAUUUCCCGUCUUAUUGUCCACCGAGCCAUUGUAAAUGUUAAUGCAUGUAAUAAUGACUCGGACGUUAUGAUGCUUUGACUAGAUUAACACUGAAGUUGAUGUCAUAACACACUUUACAACCAAUAUAGCUUGUAUGUUCGGUGAUUUUAGAGAGGUUGCGCACCACGACGUGUACCUGAACGUGUAUGUGUAUAUGUAUGUGUAGAUACACGUGCAGGUAAACGUUGCAGUUGAGCUUAAAAGUCGUUUGCGACAUUUUUCUGGAAGCAGUUCUUGGCUGCACGCUGUUAUCGCAUGAAUCUUUUUCCUCGUGCUAUCGUAUAUGUAAUUUUAAACUUCUACUGAGUACACACAUACAUUGAUGACGUAGUGCACAAAAAUAAGUUCAUCCGUACAGGUGGUUGUUGUCAUCCUCUCAAAUAACGGCAUGACGAAUUGCUACUAAUAUCUUCUUUUAUUUAAUACCAGUCAUAAAUCCACAUGCAAUACAUAUCGCAAAGUACGGUAGUUCGUAUUCCAUUUCAGUGCAAUACGGCCGAUUCAACUCUUGUGACGUCACGUUAUAACAGGUAUCGUUGCGCAAUGUUAAAAUGGCAUCAUAAAACAAAAUAGUGCGUCGUUAAAUUGACAUUUACUAUGAAAACAUGUGGCUUUUAAGUAAUCUUACCAGUAAUGUAUAUAAUAAAAGGGUUAUUAGUACUGCGUUUUGUUCCGGAAUGUCGUAUUCGACUCUCGUGGAUUUUUUGCAGAUUUUGAUUUCACUCUGCUUGCGCCUUGUGAAAUCCGAAUCUGCAAAAAUCCACUCGAGUCGAAUACAACCUCCCGGGUCAAAACGCAGUACUAAUAACCCUAUUGUAUUCCAAUAUGACGUUAUAUUCUGAGUCCUUUAAUUGUUAGUUUUCUAACGAGUUAUCGCAGUUUUUCGAAUAUUCAUGCUGUUUUUACGCCCUGGUAUAUCCCUUAAAGCUGCACUCUCAGAUAUAAAACGUUUGAAAACUGUUUCUUUUUUUGUCUUGGAAUGAGCCAAUUUUUGUGUAAAUGUCUGCAAAUCAGUGAUACAAGACUGCUGACAAAAGAUGAAGAAUGUUUUCAAAAUGUAAUGAAAUUGUUGUUGUUGUUUCUUUACUUUUCGGAAUGAACACCAACCAACAACUGACUUAAGUGACACUCUUAUUCAAAGUCAAUGCAUACAUACACAUGUAUAACAAACAUACAUUUUGACUGAUAAACCUUUAACUGCUUACUAAAUAAUGCAUUUAUUGAAAACAUUUAUUACUAACAUGUUUGUUACCAUAUAUUUAAUAAAGAAAACACAAAAAUAUUAAAUGAGUUGUGAAUGCUUAAAUAUUUACUCAGAUUUACUAUAGUCUAAUAAGGUAGAAAUACCGUGUUUUAUGCACAUUUCUUUUAAAUUAAACUCGGUAUCCUUCAUAAGAACAAUUGUUUUCGACAUUAAUUCAUCCUUUUCGGAAUAAUAAAACAAUGCAUUAUGGGGUAAAACUUAUGUGGGAGUAAGAAUGUAUCUUUAGCUUGUUAGAACACAUAUUGCUAGCCAUAAAUUCUCGAUUUUUCCGAGUGUCAGAAAAACUUCUCAGCAUAGAAGAAAUUAAGUCGUAUUAAAAGUUAUAAUAUCGACCAACAAUCUUUACGUGUUCCUCGUUGGUGUUUUGAUUUCAUUUCACACUCCUAUAAUCUAGCACUGUUUAUUGUAUUUGAAUAAAUCAAAAUAUU